GAGAUGGCGUAGCUCGAUAAUAGAUAGAGAGAGACAUGAAACGUGGGGUGCGAAACGGAAGAAAGUUUUUAGGACGUUGUUAUUAUCGUUAACUUUUAUUAUAAUAACGUUAUGGCCUCUGAACCAGAUUAUGAAGUUGGCCAAGUUGCUGAGUUGUUAUCUGGAUCCCCCAAAAAAUCUAAGAAAAAUAAUAACCUGAAGAAACUUUUUGAAAAACAUCCAUCAGCAAAGAGUUCAAACUCUUCACUACAAGCAACAAGAAAACAAGAGAUUUCAAAAGAUCUCCAACUCCAGAAGGAAUGCAGGAUAAAGGACAAUCAGACGUGUGACCAAAGUGUUCUAAGGACAUCAGACUUAGUAUUAAAAAGGGAAGAAGAAUUAUUUGGUGCAAGUGACACAGUAAGCAUAAAGAGGAAAAGAGUGAAAGAACAGAAGCAGAAUGAGGAACCAUCACCUAAGAAAAAAAGAGAGGAUGAUUCUGAGAAAGACAUGCGUACAGUUUUUGUCGGAAACCUUCCAAUCACUGCUGAGAGCAAAGCUAUAAAGACACUUUUUAAACAGUUUGGAAAAAUACAAAGUGUAAGGAUACGAUCGGCUAUUCCAGUUCAACCAAAAUUGCCGAAAAGAGUAGCAGUCAUUAAGCAUACUUUUCACCCAGAGAGAAAUAACAUUAAUGCUUACGUAGUUUUCAAUAGUAUUCAGAGUGCUGAGGAGGCUGUCAGUCUUAAUGGAACUUUAUUUAAAGGUUAUCAUCUGAGGGUGGACAGAGUUAUAGGUGGUCAGCAACAUGAUCAGAAACGAUCCAUUUUUGUUGGAAACCUUCCUUUCAAUGCUGAAGAGGAAGAAUUGUAUAGUUUCUUCAGUGAGUGUGGUGAUAUUGCAGGUGUUCGUAUUGUUCGAGACCCUCUCAGUGGGCUGGGGAAGGGCUUUGGAUUCAUUUUGUUUAAGACUUUAGAUUCUGUGAUGUUGGCUUUGGAAUUAAAUGGGAGGGAGUUCAAGGACAGAAAGAUAAGAGUUGUUCGAGCAAUGAAGAGGGAAAAGAAACACUCAAGCCAUGAUGUACCUUCUGCCAAAAAGAAGAUAUCGAGAAAAUCAUUAUCACGGACGUUUCAGGGCAGCAGAGCACAACAGAGGGAAAAAAAGAAGAAAAUUAAGAAAAUUCUCAAAAACAGGGCCAAGAAAAAGCAAAAGAAAAUGGCUACUAAGAAACCUAAUAUUGUAAAGGAUAAGAAGACCUAGUAAAGACGAAAUAUUUUAGAAAUGAAAUUUUGACUUCUUAAAUGUUAAUUCUGUAUAAAAUGAAAGUUUUUAGUUACUAAAAACUGAUGAAGAAAUAAAGAUUUUAGAUAUUAAA